AGUAAGGGUCAUUUAGGAUCCAUCUGCUUUUAGCAGCUGGUCCAUCUCUAUUCUGCAGCUGCAGCACAGGUGCCAACUGGGCCGGUGUGUUGCCACAGGGGACUGUUGGGUCCAGCAGUAGGGGAAGCUGAACAACCCCUGGGGACCCUUCCCGGGGCUGCACAAGGGCACGGGAACACGUCUGGGGACUUCCAGGGAACGUGGGUGGGGAGGUUGUCACCCAGAGCAGCUCAGACGGCCUCCACCAGCCCCUCUGGAGCCAUAGUAGCAUCUGGGGGCAAACACCUCUCUGCUCUGGGAGCCCAGCAGCUCUCCAGGCUCCAGGGAUUGGCCUCGGUGGUGGGAAAGACCCGUAAUUCCCAGGGUCUUCCACCAGCUGCCUUCUUCCAGACCACUAUCCACUGGCAAAGACUUACUGCACCAGGAAUUGGAGUCAGGCAGGUGCGUGGUUUGGGAUGGGAGCAGUGAGGACGUGGAGAGUCCUGACCUGACUUGCCAAGGUCAGGGCAAGACCCAUUUUGCGAGGGACCCUCCCAUGCCCAAGUGGGGGAAACGGCAGCGGGCAGAGCCCCUGUGAAAGGCAAAGCCUGCUACAGGAGGAGAGGGUCGAAAAAAGGAAACGGGGAACGGAAGAGGGCUGCUCCUGUGACAGCAGUGCAGCUGUGGAGGUGGAGCAGCCGGCAGAAGGCAGGUCACAAACAGCCAGCACACGAGGAAGUGCUGGGACACCACCCAGCCUGGCCAGGGCGGGCGGCCACAGCAGCUCCAGGUGCAGCAGAUCUUCACUGGCCAGGGAAGGACCAGGAGCAGAGGCAACCAGAACUGCAGGGACCUUCACCAGGACCUGGAGAUCCCCUUGGCAGGAGUCAUCUUCCAGCCAAAACUUGCUUCUGCCAAGUUGGUCGGAUCCUGCCUUGUGCUUCCUCUGGAAGUCCCCCUGCUCUGCUGGGGGAAGGCACCAUGGAGGCAGCAGCUUUACCAGCUUUGCACAGACUUCACCCAAGCACCUGAUAAACGGUUUGGAGGAAAUCCCUCUUGAGGAAGAAAACGGCGGCACUUCACCGGCUUCGUUUGACGAGCUGGGGUUUAACUGAACCCCCCGGGAUCUCCAGAGGUGCUACCUGCCACUCCUUGAGGAAGUGGAUAUCAGACAGACAUCUCAGCAGCCUCUUCCAGACUGUCAUCUUCUCACGCAGCUGAACUCUGCCAAAUUGCCCCCCAACUUCUCUCUGGGCAGGGAGGGGACCUCAGUGUGCCAUCAGCACAGGCUGGACUGUGCCCUCCCUGGUGACAACCACCAAGGGACACCUUUCCUGAGCAUCAGUGUCCAUGCAGGAGCAGAGGGCUGGCGGGAGCACCGUGCUGUCUCGUCCUUGCGUGGAGGAUGUCUCACCGGGGCUGCAGAGGCAUCAGUCCCAUUUAAAACUGGGUCGACUCAACAGGAUCUAGGACAGGGAGGCCCUCCAGGUCACACUCAACGAUGUCACUGUCUGUGCGCCCGCAGCGCCGAGUCCUCGUCACCAAGAUCAAUAGGAGCCAGUCCUUUGCCGGAGUGAACUCAUCGGCCGACCGGCCCUUCAGGAACCUCUCGCCCUUCACCCCCACCGUUUCCCGCAAGACUGGCUCCAGGGUCAGUAGGAUGUUCUCAAUGUCCCACAAAUCCCCACCACCCAAGGUGCCUCAGCCCAACCGCCUGGACGAGGUGUAUGAAGCUCUCAAGAAAGGCCUGACAGCCUACCUUGAGGUGCACCAGCUGGAACUGGAGAAGCUCAGCACCCAGAUCCGUGAGUCCAAGAGGAAUUCACGCCUGGGCUUUCUCUACGAUCUGGAUAAGCAAGUGAAGUCCAUCGAGCGCUUCCUGCGUCGCCUGGAGUUUCAUGCCAGCAAGAUAGAUGAGCUGUAUGAGGCUUAUUGCAUCCAGCGGCGGCUCCGGGAUGGAGCCCACAACAUGGUCAAGGCUUACAGCACGGGCUCGCCGGGCAGCCGGGAGGCGCGGGAGAGCCUGGCCGAGGCCAGCAAGGGCUACAAGGAGUACACAGAGAACAUGUGUCUAUUGGAGAAUGAUCUGGAGAGCCAGCUGGGCGAGUUCCAUGUCCGGAUGAAAGGACUGGCAGGCUUUGCCCGGCUUUGUGCUGGUGACCAGUAUGAGAUCUUCAUGAAGUACGGACGGCAGCGGUGGAAGCUGCGGGGGCGCAUCGAGGUGAACAGCAAGCAGGUGUGGGACAGCGAGGAAAUGGUUUUCUUACCCCUCAUCACCGAGUUCCUCUCCAUCAAGGUGACAGAGCUAAAGAGCCUGGCCAACCAUGUGGUGGUGGGCAACGUGUCCUGCGAGACCAAGGACCUCUUUGCGGCUCUGCCCCAGGUAGUGGCUGUGGAUAUCAAUGACCUGGGCACCCUCAAACUCAGCCUGGAGGUGACCUGGAACCCCUUCGACAAGGAUGACCAGCCCUCAGCAGCCAGCACCGUCAACAAGGCGCCCACAGUGAACAAGAGGUUCUCCACCUACAACCAGAGUCCGCCUGACACGCCGUCCCUUCGGGAACAGGCGUUCUAUAACAUGCUGCGGCGCCAGGAGGAGCUGGAGAACGGCACAGCCUGGUCCAUCUCCUCCGAGUCCUCGGACGACUCCUCCAGCCCCCAGCUGUCCGGCAGCGCCCGCCACGCCGCCCACAAGCCCAUCAUGCAGCCCGAGGUGCAGGCCUCCGCCCCGGCCAUCGAGAUCUCCUUCUCCCAGCAACCAGACGAGGCCGAGACUGGCCUGGGGACCAGUGGCAGCAGCGUCUCCCCUUCCGGGAGCCAGCCAGAGGAGUCGGGCAGCCGUAAGAAGGAUACAGUGGCCAACGGGCACGUGCCCUACUCCCGGACUCUGAGCCACAUCAGCGAGGCCAGCGUGGACGCCACGAUGGAGGCCAAGGCUGUGGAGAGCCCCUGGGAGCCCAUGCCCAGCCCAGAGGACACAGGGACGGGCGAGCAAGAUGCAGACUCUCUCCCCGGCGCCGCGGUGGCAGCGGCUGUGGCAGGGCAAGACAGGGACGCUGAGGCCAAGCCCAGAGCCUCUGCGGCAUGGACCACCUCCUGCGAGGUGGAGGCUGGCAGAGCCGAGCCAGUGCAGAGCCAGGCGCCAGCACAGGGUGGCUGUGACACCGAGGUCCCUGCAGCGCUGGCACAAGCCUCUGUGGAGGAGAGGCCCGUCCCCACCCCACCGCUGCCUGCCAGUGCCCCCAAGGUGCCACGGGGGAAGGUGGUGGAUUCAGGGCUGGAGGAGGCAAUCAGCCUUCUGGGCUCAGCCCUGGAGGACUAUCGGGGGCAGUUCCCAGAGCUGCAGCCCCUUGAACGGGAGCUCAAGCGUCUGGAGGAGAUGCUGCUGCAGAAGCAGGGUGUCUUCCUCAGCCGGGCCUCCAGCAUCAGCCUGACAGUGGAGCACGCGCUGGAGAGCUUCAGCUUCCUCAACACCUCUGACAUGGAGGAUUCAGAGGGCUCUGAGGAGGAGCCUCUCCAAGACGAGAGGAAGGCUGGCAGACCCCUGCGCAGCACCCGGGCCCCCAGUGCCGGCGAGGUGGGGGCAGAUGACACUGGAAUGUGCAGCGGCUCUGAGGCCAGCACCGACCCCAUGAGCACCGGCAACGAGUUCCUGGAUAAGGCUCUGGUGCUUCACCUCAACAACUGCAACUGCCUGCUGCUGAAGCUGGGCACCUUCGGUCCCCUGCGGUGCCAGGAGAUGUACGCCCUGGACAGGCUGCUGCGGGAGUCACAGGUGCUGGAGAUCGUGUGCCAGCUGACGGAGGAGCGCGCGGGAGCAGCCAGCUCGGCCGCCGACGUGGUGCAGUUCUCCACGCGGAAGGAGGGCGUGCUGCCUCUCUGGGACCUUUGUGUGGAGGUGCCCAACGUCUACACCUGCUCCGUGGAGCGGUUCCUGCAGGUGCUCAGUGCUCAGUAUGCAGCAGCCAUCAGCGAGCAGCACCCUGGUUUGGCUGAUGCUGUGUGUGUGAAACUGGUGGAGGACGUGCUGAAUCGGCGGCUGCCCCGGCGACCUGGCAGUGCCCAGAGCGAGCAGGUCACCAUCUUCCAGUACUGGAGCCACUUUGAGUCGCUCGGCGCCCUGGUGCUUGACACCUACAUGAUGGAGCUGGCAGAGGAAGCACUGCUGGCACAGAACCUCAACUCGGACGACCAGGACGUGGUGCUGCGUGCCCUGAAGCGUGUGCCCGAGGCCCGCCUGAAGAAGGAGGGACUGAAGGCGCUGAGCCUGCUCCUCGUGGAGGGCAACAGCAAGGUGGUGAGCGCCGUGUCAGCCCAGCUCCGCAGCCUGGCAGAAAACCCCCGCUUCCGCCAACGGGCCCUCGUGUGCUUCCUGGAGCAGCUGGAGGAUGAGGAGGUGCAGACGCGCGUGGCGGGGUGUGCGGCACUGGGCUGCCUGAAGGCCAAGGAGAGUAUUGAGCAGCUGGUUUACCUGUGCCAAACCGACAAAGAACCCGUGCGGGAGGCAGCCAAGCAGAGCCUGAUGCUGUGUGGGGAAGAUGGUAAAUCAGCUCACCGGCGGCUGGAGGAGACCCUGGACAGCCUCCCACGGAUCUUUGCACCAGCCAGCAUGGCCAGUACAGCUUUCUGAGACCCACGCACGCCCACCUGCCAUCCCUGAGGGCACAGGCACCGCCGGGCCGCCCGGGCUUGCACGGACUGGGGACCCGGCAGCUCCCGCUCUCGGCACCACACCGCAGUAUUACCCCCGCCGGCAGCUCGCCACGGCCGCACACUGCCUUACGGAGCACCGCUUCCCCGGCCCCGGCCCCUGCACCGCUGGGCAGGGGGGCUCGCUGCACAUCCCACCCUCUGAUCGCUAUUUAAAAUACCCGCGGAGCCCACCCUUCCUGCCCCCCGGGGCGGCGGGGAGAGGUACCGGAUUUCUCUGCUCCUCUUGCCUUCCUCUCGCUCGAGGGCGCGCGCCCUGUCCCGGAAGGACCUGCACUUUGGAAACUUUGCUGUUUCUUUCCAGGAGUUGCCUGGGCCAUGGGGACUGCUGCCCUCUGCCACCUGGAGUCCCCAGGACUUAAAUAAAGUGAAAUAUAAGAUAUUAAUAUAUUCUGCUGGCGUUUCUUCUUUCCAGCUCCACAUGCUCCUGUCGCUCCCCGGCUGUGGCUGUAGGGAGAGUAGUGAGAUGUGGCCCCAGCCCAGAGCCUUUCCUGGUCUGUUGGGAAGUGCCGUGGAGGGCAGGGGCAGGAGGAGCAAUAGAGGGACGGACAGACGGACAGACAGAAGCUGCCACCUUUUUUUUUUUUUGGUUUGUUCUGUUUUAUUUUAUUUUUUAUUUACAGAUUUUUGCAGAAAAACAAAAGCAAAAAAUUCUUUUCUAUAAUGUCUCUAUAAAUCUAUAUAUAAUGUAAUUACAGAGAAUGACUAAUUUUGAUUUUAAACCAGAAAUAAAACCAAACGUUUAAUGAGUGUC